AUGGCGGUGUGUGUGAAGGUUACUGUUAGUUAAAACGUUCUUACAGUUUAAUUCAUUUAACUAAAACAGCGUUUAAAUCUCAUUUAGAGGGUUUCAGUAAACAGCGGCGUGUGUUUCCUGCAGUCUCAGUCAUGGCCGGCCUGUCCAGCUACGCCAUGCGCAUGGCCAGACUGAGCGCACAGAUUUUCGGGGACGUGGUGCGUCCGACAGACUCCAAGUCAAUGAAGGUGGUCCAGCUGUUCAAGGAGACUCCACUGGCCAAGAGGAAGGAGGUGUAUGACUGGUACCCACAGCACAAGAUUUACUAUGCCAUGAUGCAGAAGCUCCGCUUCAUGGGACUCUUCAGAGACGAGCAUGAAGACUUUAAGGAUGAGAUGAGUCGGCUGAGGAGGCUGAGAGGGAAAGGGAAACCAAAGAAAGGAGAGGGGAAGAGAGCCACCAAGAAGAAAUGAGUUGCUUUGUGUUUCUUUUUCUGGACUGUGCGCACCAUCACUGACUGCUGAUACUGGGACAGUUCUGGCUUAGCCACGACCGUCCUGCUGCUUCAUCAGAGGAUUUUCUUUGUUGGCAGCAAUAUUACCUUCAUCAGCAUCACACAUGAAACGUCCUGAGUUGGGUGUAUUGAUGUGAAUUCCUUUUUUUUGAGGGAAUGUUGUUCAAUCUCUUGUUUUUAAGUUACAGAAUGUGAAACUGUACAGAGUCCAUACAGCACGUCAAAUACUAUGUAAUAUAAUUUCUUUUCAAUACUCAUGGCUAAAUAAAAAAUGUUGGUCUAUGGCA